AUGGGUCGUAUGCACAGUGCCGGUAAAGGUAUUUCUUCUUCUGCUAUUCCAUACUCUAGAAACGCUCCAGCUUGGUUCAAGUUGUCCUCUGACUCUGUCAUUGAACAAAUUGUCAAGUACGCUAGAAAGGGUUUGACUCCAUCUCAAAUCGGUGUCUUGUUGAGAGAUGCUCACGGUGUUACCCAAGCCCGUGUCAUCACUGGUAACAAGAUUAUGAGAAUCUUGAAAUCUAACGGUUUCGCUCCAGAAAUCCCAGAAGAUUUGUACUAUUUGAUUAAGAAGGCCGUUGCUGUCAGAAAGCAUUUGGAAAGAAACAGAAAGGACAAGGACGCUAAGUUCAGAUUAAUUUUGAUCGAAUCCAGAAUCCACAGAUUGGCCAGAUACUACAGAACCGUCGCUGUCUUGCCACCAAACUGGAAGUACGAAUCCGCUACUGCUUCUGCUUUGGUUAACUAG